AUGGCCAGACAAAGGCCGAAAAACUGCAGGGCACAGAGAAUGUGCUCACCUCUCACCACUCCACUCACGGACUUAUACAAGACAGCCAACGGCUCAAUCAAGCCCCCAUAUCUCCCCCCCCACCGCCUACUUUUUCGAGUGAGCCGGGCUCUGAAAGAGGUACAGGCCUCACCAAAUAUCAGACGCCCCCCCGAUACACCUGCGGGACACCGCCUGCCAUUGCGACCCCCUCUCAGUGCAGUGGAGGGUGCGAGCUCGGCAGCAGGGUCCCUCACAUAAUGCUUAAUAGCUGUUUGAAAUGUAUAUACUUUAUUUCUGUUUUAUGGUUUUGUUUCUUAGGUUAUGUUCCAGGUUGUUCCCCCUGCCCUAACCCCCUACCCGAGAUGCUCCCCUUUCACUACUGGGUACGACGAGGGGAAAAAAUAGCCUCACCCCACCAACUCUGUCAUGUAGUGGCAAGAGAAAACACUACACCCAAACAACCGGGCCCUAGGGCCACCCCAACUAGUUAA